AUGCAGAACAGACGACGUAAAUCUCACAAAGCCCAGCUGUCUCAAUUGCGUCAACUCCGGCCGCAAGUGCGCGGGGUACGGGCUGCGGCUGGUUUUCGACGUCGACGACAGCCGGAACGAGAAAAGCAAAGUCGGCACAGACGCCAAGGGCCAGCCCAAGUACGGGUUCCGGGGACGGCCGCGGAUCAGCAACAGCGAUCCCAAGCUGGCAGUGAAGAAAACCAGCUCUGGGCCGGAGACAGCGCAGCCGAAGCAGGAGGACCAGGCGUGGCCGCUGUCGCCGAACCUCCUUUUCGACGACGUCGUCUACGACGGGCUGGACUAUCUCCUGUCGACGGCCGACGACCUGAGUCUGUUCAGCUCCGAGCAGGCGCACCAGCAGCAGCAGUACCACCUGCAGCAGCUGGAGCAGCAGCAGGACCAGCUGUUGCAGCAGAUCAACGCGCCGCAGUUUGUGAGCGAGAGCGGCGCGUACCCGUUUUCGCUGGACAGCGAGCUGACCUCGAACCCCUCGGAAGACAACUACAUCCUCAAACACUUCUUCGACAAGACGAUCUUUCUGCUGGACGCGCAGCCGUCGGCGCCGUGGCCGGAGCUGAUGCUGCGGUUCGGCAGCCUCGAGCUGGCCAAGUCGUGCUUCAUGUCGCUGAGCUCGAUCCAUCUGUACGUGAACAACGGCAAGAACGAGUUCUACAAGAAGGGCAUCCUGCACAUCAACAACACGAUGGAGUACCUGAUCAAGUACGUGCGGACAAAGGACGCGGCGCGGCCGCCGCAGAGCGGGGACGACGGCGAGGGCGCGCCGCUGAACGUCGACAGCAUCGUGACGAACCUGAAGAGCGAGACCGCAGACCGCAAGCAGGGCAAUUUCUUCGUGAUCCUGCUGCUGCUGUACGUGCACCUGCUGUUUGCGAUUCUGGAGAGCGGCCGGUCUGCUCUGUCGCGGAUCUUCCUCAAGCUGUUCAGCACGAUUGCGCGGGACCAGCAGUUCAAGUCUGCGCUGAGCCGGAUCGACCAGUCGCAGACACUGAUCUGCAUUCUGUCGUGGUUCGACACGAUCUCGGCGCUGGUGUCGCCCGACUGCCGCGUGCCGUUCUGCAGCCCCGAGUGGUACGGCACGAAGCACGACGCGGUCUCGACCGCGCGCAUGAACGGGUGUCCCGGCGAGAUCUUCCAGGUGUUUGCCGACAUCUGCCACCUGCGCCACCGCAUGCACAGCCGCACCAUCUCGAGCGACGAGGUGGCCGCCGUGCACGCCGAGCUGAAGCAGCGGCUGGUCAACUACCGCGACUACGUGCCGCUGGAGCUGGCGGACUCGUUUGCGUACGAGGAGCGGCUGAAGUCGGCGCAGUGCUGGGCGAUCUCGGCGCUGAUCAAGCUGCUCGAGAUGUGCGAGCGCGGCCCGCACACGCAGGACGUGAUCGAGAGCCUGACGCUCGAAUUCAUCCACACGUACGAGACGCUCGACACGGCGUCGCCGAUCGUGACGCAGAUGGUGUGGCCCGUGUUCAACAUCGCGCUGCACUGCAGGAAAGAGAGCUCGCGGCGCAAGCUGCGGCAGUUUGCGCAGACGCUGUACAAGAUCGUCAACAUGGGCACGAUCAAGACGGCGAUGCAGCUGAUCGACGAGGUGUACGAGACGGGGUGCAAGGUGGAGGAGAUACUGCAGGCGAAGGAGUGGCUGGGGUCGGGCAUCGACUUUCUGCCGUGCUAGCAUUGGGUCGCAUUUCUACCUAUUAA